GAGGAGCCCUCACAUACAGGGACAAAAUUUUCGCUCACCGUUUGCAGAUGUGUCUACUAUAAAUACAUGAAAACUGAACCACUAUCGUAAAUUGCAACACCAUUCAAAGGAUCAAAAUGGGAAGCUUGCAAGAACCCAGUGCUUUGACAGCCAGACUGCAGAACACUCUCAUGUCUUACCAUAGCCUGGAUGAGAAUGAGUGGAGGGUAGCCAAGAAAUCGAAAGAUGUCACGGUAUGGAGAAAGUCAUCAGAGGAGUUUCAUGGCUAUCUGUAUAAAGCCCAGGGUAUGGUCGACGAUAACCCCAAUAGAAUAGUGGAUUACAUACGCCCUGGGCCUUAUCGAUUAGACUGGGAUAGUUUGAUGACAGCAAUGGACAUAAUAGAGACCCUUGAUCAGGGCUGUUGUGUGAUGAGGUACACUACUGCAGGCCAGCUGUGGAACAUCAUAGCUCCCAGAGAGUUUAUUGAUUUCUCCUACACCACAGACUACCAGGAUGGACUAUUGUCCUGCGGUAUCAGUGUGGAGCAUGAGGAGCAGCACCAGAGUUAUGUUCGGGGCUUCAACCACCCAUGUGGCUGGUUCUGUGUGCCCACCCCAGACAGCACCACCACCGCAGCCCAGAGCCUCCUGACAGGGUACAUUCAGACAGACCUCCGGGGUAUGAUCCCCCAGUCUGCCGUGGACACAGCCAUGGCCAGCACCCUCAUCAACUUCUACACUGACCUGCGCAGGGCUCUGAAGAAGGCCUAACCAGUACUGGCCCGGUUGCCAGAUUGGUUUAUGCUUUAGCCAACUCUGUCGUAUUUGUUGUUAUACUGAAUGUAUGGGAUGGCAAGGGAAGUAAGAGGGGUUGGCUAAAACACGUUCAAAUCUGGCGACUAGGCUAAACCAGUACAUCCUAAUAGCUCUCCUUUUCAAUACACCAGUCGAUUGAUCAGUCAGUCUACACUCCACCCUCAUAGAGGGCUAUAGAGAUCCAACUCCAAUUCACACCAACUCAGGGCAGGAUCCAGUUUAGGUUGAAACAGGGUAGGAGUUAAAGGACGUGGUCUGACCUGGUCUGCUGCUCACUGGACUUUGGAGUUGUGACUUGUUAUUUGUCUGCUCUUUAAAUCAUUAUAUAAUACUGAAAAUUGCUACGAGAUUAAGGUAGUACACAAACACUGAAGCACUUGAUCAAAGUCGAUGUUUGCCUUUUUUGUUGAUCUUUUUUGCUGAUUUCGGACAAACAUCGAACGUACCCAACAAAUUAAAUCGUUGGGGGUAGAUAGAUAAAAAAUAUAGGUAGACAGACAGCCAAUACAAUCAAUGCAAUGUUGCUUUCAGUUGGAAGUUACAAGUGAAAGUGUUUGCAGGACUAUACAUUGGAAUUUGACUGGUGUGUCACGCCCUGAUCUGUUUUACAUGUCCUUGUGCUUGUCUCCACCCCCCUCCAGGUGUCACCCAUCUUCCCUA